AGAGAAAAAAGACAAAAUGAAAGGAUAAUAUGUUUCUAAAGCUGCUGAGCUGAGAACUAAGAGAGAGAGAGACAGAGUCUCAUAUCAUAUCAAAGAUUGAAACUUUGGUUGGCUUCCCUUCGGUGGAUGAGGCCACCACCACAGUCAUCCAUUGAAGACUGAACCCUUUGAAGAGAAGAGCAUGUCUCUCUCUCUUCUUCCCAUUUCUUCUUCUUCUUCUUUUCACUCAACUAAAAUUACCAAAAACACCCUUUUCUCUUCUUUCCCUGCUUCUUCUUCUUCUAUCAGCUUUACCAGACUCCACAGCCUCUCAUUCUGUCAUUGCUUCACCCCAGAGCAACAAAACAGAGCUGCCCAUUUUGAACAACAUGAUGGGGCCUCAUCAGAUGAUGAUGAUGAAGAAGAAGAACAAGAAACUAAUCUUUUGGGGUUAGCAGAUGGGUCUUCUCUCUUGCCUGAAAAAUGGGAUGUUUUGGGACUUGGUCAAGCAAUGGUAGAUUUCUCUGGUGUGGUGGAUGAUGAUUUUUUGGAGAAUUUGGAAUUGGAAAAGGGGACUAGGAAGGUUGUGAAUCAUGAAGAAAGAGGAAGAGUUUUAAGGGCAAUGGAUGGUUGUAGCUACAAGGCUGCAGCUGGUGGUUCUCUUUCCAACACUCUUGUUGCCUUGGCUAGGCUUGGUAAUAAGCCUAUUGGGGGUCCUCCUCUCAAUAUAGCUUUGGUUGGUAGUGUUGGGAGUGAUCCAUUGGGAAGUUUUUACAGGGCGAAAUUGCGCCGUGCAAAUGUUAACUUUCUUUCUGAACCGAUCAAGGAUGGAACAACCGGGACAGUGAUAGUUCUCACAACUCCAGAUGCCCACCGCACUAUGUUAUCGUAUCAGGGUACAUCAUCAACCAUUAAUUAUGAUCUGAGCCUAGCUAAGAUAGUUUCCAAUACAAAGAUUUUAGUAGUUGAAGGAUAUUUAUUUGAGCUUCCCGACACAAUCAAAACGAUAAAGAAAGCAUGCGAGCAAGCAUGCCGGAGUGGUUCCCUGGUUGCUAUCACAGCAUCUGAUGUUUCCUGCAUAGAGAGACACUACGACGAAUUCUGGGAAAUCGUUGGCAACUACGCAGACAUCAUAUUUGCGAAUAGCGAUGAAGCUAGAGCUUUAUGUGAUUUUUCUUCCGAGGAAAGUCCAGCUGCAGCGGCAAGGUAUCUAAGCCAUUUAGUACCCUUAGUCUCGGUCACGGAUGGAAUAAAAGGAUCAUACAUUGGUGUAAAAGGAGAAGCUGUAUAUGUGUCUCCUUCUCCAUGUGUACCGGUGGACACUUGUGGUGCAGGCGAUGCAUAUGCGUCUGGUGUUUUGUAUGGUCUGCUACGAGGGAUGUCGGACUUGAGAGCAAUGGGUGGUCUAGCUGCUCGAAUAGCUGCAACUGUAGUUAGACAACAGGGUACUCGUCUUCGGGUUCAAGAUGCAGUAAAGUUGGCCGAAUCUUUUGCAGUUCAUAUUAGUAGUUCGAGUUCUAGUUCCUCCGGUAAUCUUCAAUCAGAUAUCGGGUCAGAUCAUAUAUCCAGUUUAUAGUAAAGGGGAAAGACAAUAUUGCAAAGCUUCAUCACUCGUUCUUUGGCGUUGAGCUUCGUCACUAUGAACCGGCCAUCUAUAUGGUGCUUGAUGAACUGUGACAGAUCAAAGCAAGCCACAGCCAAAGCUCUUGGAUCACAUGAAGUGUCUAAAAUUGUAAUCAAGACCCUCAAAAUCUGCAUAAUAAAAUUGUUGUCUGAGUAAUCGAUCGAUUGAAUAUCUUUACAAAAAAAAAAAAAAAAAUCAAACAAAAAAAAAGUAAAAUUCAUACUUGAAAGUUGUUCUCUUCAAAGUGUGCAAUAUUAUUAGACCAGAAUGCAGAAUCUUUACGUAUAGAAGUCCAAUCAAGACGACCAAGGAGAACUUCUUGCUUGUAAAUUUCGAAAGAUUUUAAUGAUUUUAUCUUAUUCAAA